AUGAACCAGAUGGCAAAAUGUGUGUGUAGUGUAAACCAAAUGCCGAAUUUGUUUAUACAAAUGCAAAAGUCACAGUAAAGCACGGAGGGGCUCUGUUAUGGUUUGGGGCUGCAUGUCAAGUGCUGGAGUAGGCAAUUGCAUUCUAUUGAUUGUAAAAUGAACAAAUUGGCUAUCUUAAUGUUCUAAAAGAAAAUGUAAAGCAACGUGCGGAAAAGUUUGCUUUCUAUCAAGACAACGACCCAAAGAACACAUCGGGCGUUGGGAAGCUUUGGUUGAUACACAACUGCCCCAAACUAAUGCAAACACCAGCGCAGAGACCUGACCUCAAUGUAAUCGAGCAUUUGUGGGAGGAAUUAGUUAGAAGAGUAUCGGCAAAAGUUUAACACCUUAGAUCAGCUAAAGGAGGCUUUAUUGGAAUUCUGUAAAGCCAGAGGUUUGUCAAAUCUGUCCCAAAGCGCUUACAGGCUGUUCUAGAUAACAAGGGAUAGGCAACCAAGUACCAGGUUGUUAAAAUAUUUUUUUCGUUUGAUAAGAAAAAGAAUUCAAACUAUACUUUAUUAUUCAGUAUAAUCUCCCUGAACAUUAAUACACUUGCUCCAAUGAUACUGCAUUCUGUGGACCCCAUCCCUGAAGUGAUAAUGAUCAUUUCAUGAAAAACGCUUGCCACGCAUAAUUUUUUUGAGUUCUGGAAAUAAAAGGAAGUCGGUGGGAGCCAAAUCUGGUGGAUGCUCCAACAAUUCGAACUUUAAUUCAUGAAUUAUAUGCUGGUAUUGUCACUGGCGAAGCGAAUGCAUUGGCGAGUUGAAUAUUUUAGGCGAAAAUUCGCCAGGUUCAUAUUGUGACUGGCGAAUGAACAUAUUCGCUCAACUGUUUUGUUGCCAUACUAAAAUAAUUGAGAAAUGUCACACGAGUUCUACUGAAAUUGACAUAUUUGACGUAUUAUUGUUAUUGUUUUGGAAUUUUAUUAUCCUCUUAUUCGUUAUUGUGUGUUUUGAAAUUUUACCGUGAUUUUAAAAAAGUGAAUAAAAAUGUUUAACAACGUCGAUUUAUAUUUUGAAGACAGUUAUGUUGAAAGGACAACAGCGAAGCUACUUAGGCACCGACGGUUCAUCAGAGAUCACUCUAAUCCCAUGGAACUUUCUUCAUUGUUGUAAGUAUCUAUUGCUAUAAAAGUGCAUAAACAAAUAUCACGUCACAUAAGUUUUUAUUAACAGAUUUAAAGAAAACUUUCGGUUAAGUAGGGAUACAUUUAUGUAUGUGCUAGACAGCAUAAAGGAAAAAUGUCCGACUAACCUAUCGUCGUCAAUAUCGCCGAUGUUGAAAUUGUGCUGCGUUCUCAGAUUUUUGGCUCAUGGGAGCUAUCAGCAAACAGUGGGAAAUGAUUUCCAACUAUGUAGGUAUUGCACAGCCCAGUGUUUCGUUGAUUUUUAAGGAAAUGUUUUCAAUAUUGGAAUCCACUCUGUGCAGUGUCUGGAUCAAAACAGACAUAACUGAAGAGCAGAAACGAACAACAAGAAGGAAAUUUUUCACCAGAUCAGGAAUUCCAAAUGUGGUUGGUUGCGUUGAUGGAACCCAUGUUGCAAUUAUUGCUCCAUGUGAGAACAAGCACUUAUAUGUGAAUAGAAAAGGAUUUUACAGCAUAAAUGCGAUGAUUGCAUGCGAUCAGGAUAUGGUUAUACGGUGUGUUGAUGCAAGAUAUGGAGGAUCUAGCCACGACUCAUUUGUGUGGAACAAUAGCGCUUUAAAAACAUAUCUGGAGCAAACAUACCAAAGAGGAGAUCAUAAUUCGGUUUACUUAGGUGAUUCUGGUUAUCCACUACACGAGUAUCUAUGGACGCCUUUCCGAAACGCUUUACCAGGAACAGUGGAAUCAAAUUUUAAUAAAAAACAUGCAAAGGCAAGGAACGUAGUUGAACGGACAAUUGGAGUGCUGAAAUGCCGUUUUCGUUGUAUACUAGGUGAACGUAAACUACGAUAUCCUCCUAGUAAAGCAACUGUUAUUGUAAAUGUUUGUUGUGCUUUACACAAUAUUUGCAAACAAUAUAAUGUGAAUGAUCCUGAAGAAGAAACUUUUGUUGAUGUGGUAGUACCACUGGAACCAGUUGAAGGAAAUUUCAGUGGAACAGCAGCAGAUCAUCGCCGAAGACAAAUUGCGAAUGCAUUGUCAUAGUAUAGUUGCAUCCCUAAAAUAUAUGUAACAUAACUACAAUAAAAUAACUGAAAUUAAUUUUGAA